GCGCAUGUGUGUGUUACUAAUUAUGAGAAUAGUCGUCAAAACAACGAAGUGCAGUCCUAUCAGUGCGGGAGGAUGGAGUGUCUUCCCAACGCGACUUCUCAGAUUGUCGUGUAUGUUAAUGGCAAGGAGGUGAUCGAGCGCCAGCCAGAUCCCGAGACGACCUUACUUUACUUUCUGCGCAAUAAAUUGCACCUGACGGGGAGUAAGUUGGGGUGUGGUGAAGGAGGAUGUGGGGCAUGUACGGUGAUGGUGUCCAGCUAUAACAGAGAAGAAGAUGUGAUCAGACACGUGGCAGUCAAUGCCUGCCUCACUCCACUGUGCAGUGUGGCUGGCAUGGCCAUCACUACUGUGGAGGGAAUUGGCAGCACUCGCACCUCUCUGCACCCAGUUCAGGAGCGGAUUGCCAAGGCCCAUGGGUCUCAGUGUGGAUUCUGUACUCCUGGGUUUGUCAUGUCCAUGUACACUCUGCUCAGGAACAACCCCACCCCUUCAGAAGAGGAGAUCGAGGCUGCUUUUGAGGGUAACCUGUGUCGCUGCACUGGGUACAGAUCAAUCUUGGAAGGUUAUAAAACGUUUGCCAAGGGAUGUUGUAAGAAAGGAAAAACAUGUUGCCAGAAUGAACAAAACACUGACAAUGAGCAGGGUUCGCCUCAAUUGUUUGAUGCAAGUGAGUUCACUCCACUGGAUCCCUCUCAAGAACCUAUCUUCCCUCCUGCUCUUCAGUUGAGAGAGGCAGAGAGACCACUGGGGGUGAAGGGCCCACGGGUUCAGUGGUACAGACCUUCCAGUCUUGACCAACUGCUGGCUCUCAGAGUCAAGUUCCCUCACCACACCAACAGAGACUGGCCCAAGUACCGGAUAGUGGCUGGAAACUCCGAGAUAGGUGUGGACACCAAGUUCAAGGGGGAGUUCUAUGAGGUUCUGCUGAGUGUGAGUCAUGUUCCAGAGCUCAACAGAGUGGAGGAGAAGGAAGGAGGACUGCUGGUUGGAGCUGCUGUCUCUCUCAACACUCUCCAACACAAGCUGGAGGAAAUGGUCCACACACUCCCUGAGUACAAGACGAGGGCAUUCUCGGCUCUGACUGGAGAUGUUGAGGUGGUUUGCAGGGCAGCAGAUAAGGAACACUGCUAGUAUUGGAGGAAACAUUUGCAAUGCAAGUCCCAUUUCAGACCUCAACCCAGUUCUGAUGGCUUGUGGAGCCAAACUACACCUCGCUUCACAAGGUUCAAAACGGGUCAUCACCCUCGACUCCAACUUCUUUCUGGACUACAAGAAGACGUGUAUCAAACCAAAUGAAGUCCUUGUCGCAAUUCUUAUUCCUUUUACUGCUCAGAAUGAGUAUGUGUAUAGCUACAAGCAGUCCAGAAGGAGAGAGGAUGACCUGGCAAUAGUCAAUGCUGGUCUGCGGGUGGUAAUAAAUGGUACUAAGGGCCAGUGGAGGAUCAGGGACUGUACUCUAGUCUAUGGUGGGAUGAGCAAGACUACUGUCAUGGCUUCCAACACCCAGCAAGCUCUUAUAGGAAGGGAAUGGAAUGAGGCUACAUUACAGGAGGCAACUCGACUCCUCUCAGAGGAGCUGCAACUGUCAUGGGGAUGCCCCUGGGGGCAUGCCAGAGUACCGCAAGUCUCUGGUCACCUCAUUCUUCUUCAAGUUCUACCUGACAGUCUUCCGCCUCCUCUCUCCUCUCUCUCUCCCUCAACAUCUACACUCUGGCACACACAAAUACAACAGGUCAUUAUCACGAGUAGCCAGGGUUUCCAGAGAGUACCAUGUGACCAGAAAGCUGAGGAUAUGGUUGGACGACCAGUCAUGCACCUCUCAGCACCACAACAGGCCACUGGAGAAGCCAGGUAUUUAGAUGAUGUUCCUCGCCUGGAGGGAGAGUUGUAUGGAGGUCUAGUGCUGAGUCAGCAUGCUCAUGCCAUCAUAUCAGUGGAUGCCAGUGCAGCACUGGUCAUGGAGGGAGUGGUGGACUAUGUGUCUGUCACUGACGUCCCUGGAGACAACAUGAUAGGGAUUAACAACGAUGAGCCAGUGUUUGCAGACGGGAAAGUGAUGUCAUUUGGUCAGAUCAUUGGAGUAGUUCUGGCCACUGACAAGCCACUGGCCCAGAGAGCAGCCAAAGCUGUUAGAGUCACCUAUGAAGAUAUCCAUCCUCCAGUCAUCACCAUUGAGGAUGCGAUAAGAGCUGGAUGGUUCAUAGGAGAAGAGAUGAAGGUGGAAGAUGGAGAUGUGGAGAAGGCUCUGAGUGAGGCAGAACAUGUGCUGGAGGGAGAGGUCAGAGUUGGGGGACAGGAUCACUUCUACCUGGAGACACAGGCCUGUCUGGUGGUUCCCAAGGGAGAGCAGGAGGAGGUGGAGAUACUCUCCUCCACACAGGGAGUGACAGCCGUUCAGACCAAUGCUGCCCGUGGUCUGGGCAUCCCACGCAACAGAGUUGUCUCCAAAGUCAAGAGAAUAGGUGGGGGAUUUGGAGGAAAAGAAACACGAGGUUGCUACCUUUCCACAGCAGUAGCUGUAGCUGCUAACAAAGUUCAGCGUCCAGUGAGGAUCAUGCUGGACAGGAAUGAAGACAUGAUGACUUCAGGAGGCAGACACCCAUUCCUUGGUGUCUACAAGGUGGGGUUCACCAGCCAGGGCAGGAUCACUGCUCUUGAUCUCAAACUCUACAGCAACGGAGGAAUCUCAGCCGAUCUGUCUAUACCAGUAAUGCAGAGAGCAGUGACUCAUGCUGACAACGUCUACAAGAUCCCCAACUAUCGUGCAGUGGGCAAAGUCUGUCGCACUAACCUCCCUCCUAAUACUGCCUUCCGAGGCUUUGGAGGUCCACAAGGAAUGAUCAUCACUGAGCAGUGGAUUGAGAGAGUUGCCGAGUUCCUCAAACUUCCUUCUGAACAGGUGCGGAGACUGAAUUUCUACCAUGACGGAGAUGCCACUCCGUAUGGUCAGAUUCAACCAAAGGUCCAUGUCAGUCGAUGCUGGGACACUCUACUGGAGAACACACACUACCUCACCACUUGGAGGAGCAGUGUGGACCUCUUCAACAAGUCUAACAAGUGGAAGAAGAGAGGACUGGCCAUCAUCCCCAACAGAUACUGUCUGGCAUUUGGUAUAACGUUCCUGAACCAAGCUGGAGCCCUGCUCCACGUCUACACUGACGGCUCUGUCCUCCUCUCUCAUGGAGGAAUGGAAAUGGGUCAGGGACUCCACACCAAAAUGAUACAGGUGUGUUCCCACUGCUUCGACCUUCCAAUGGACAGGAUCCACAUCUCAGAGACCAGUUCAGACAAGGUCCCCAACACUAGCCCAACUGCCGCCUCAGUUUCCACCGACAUGUAUGGAAUGGCAGUCAAGAGCUGCUGUGAUCAGAUCAUGGAGAGACUGAAACCAUUCCGUGAGGCAGACCCUGAGGCUGGCUGGGACAAAUGGGUGGAGAGAGCCUAUUUUGAGCGAGUCAACCUCUCAGCUCAGGGAUUCUACAAGACUCCAGACUUGUGGUUUGACUGGUCUAAGGGCAAAGGUAAUCUAUACAGCUACUUUUCUUAUGGAGCCAGUGCGUCAGAGGUUGAGGUGGACACUCUGACUGGAGACUUCACCAUCCUGCGCAGUGAUCUGGUCAUGGAUGUCGGUGACAGCCUCAACCCUGCCAUUGAUAUCGGCCAGGUAGAGGGUGCCUUCACUCAGGGGUUGGGUCUGUUCACAAUGGAGCAGUGUGUGUAUCUGGAGGGAAAUGGUCGGACUCAGCGAGGCCAGCUCUUCACCACUGGACCUGGUACCUACAAGAUCCCAGCCGUCUCUGAUAUCCCUGUCCAACUCAAUGUCACUCUCCUGGAUGGAACCAGCAAUCCUCAGGCCAUCUUCUCUUCCAAGGCUGUAGGAGAGCCUCCGCUGUUCCUGGCUGCCAGUGUCCUGUUUGCCAUCAGAGAUGCAGUGAGAGCCAGUCGGGCAGAGAGAGGAAUCAUUGCUCCUUUCCAGCUGGACACUCCAGCCACUUGCCAUACCAUCAGAAUGGCCUGUGAAGACCAGUUCACUCAACAGGCACAACAGUGUUUCACAAAUUUGUCCUCUACAAGAAAAUGGACUGUGAAUGUGUGAAUAGCUAUACUAUAAUGUUUUAUAAAAGCAAAAUUGGCAAGUGAAGCUGAGCCUACCUAGUUGUUUCAAUGCAAGAAAAUUUUCUAUACUAUCUGUCAGCCACUUUACAUACCGUAAUGUUCUAUAAUAUUAUACAUCAUUCUAAAUACGCACAAAACAUGUGCGAAAUAAUUGUAUUGAACUGCUCCUGCUCGGUAUCCAACAAUAAUUGUUACAUUCCUCUAUUAUAAUAUUAUGUGCUAUUAGU